ACCGAAUGGUAACCCGCCAUUUCCGGUCCCUGCUCACAUGAUGUCUGGUUAUGGAAGGAGAGGCUCGACCUCAUCAUCGGUUGCUGUCUUGAACGCCAUCGAAGAGCAUCCAGGAUCAGUGGGAGCAAGUGAAUCAAUGGAAGAGAAGUCGAGUAACAGCGAGAUGGAUGAAGGCCAACCCGAUCUCUCUUCGCCAUCAAACCGAUCUCAGCGUCGACCUCAACUUGAACGCAGAGCGCGAUCGCACGCCAACAUGAAGACCGCGAGUACCUAUCAAUCGAUGAAACCCAACAAGCAUGCGAUGGGUAGGAGAUUUUCAGUGGGUCCUCCCAAUUCACUAGAGGCUAUGUUCGAUCUUGGUACACAUAAUGAAAACGAAGGGGGAUGACGAGCAUCCCGCAAUGACAAUGAGUACAGCGCUAUUUCUAUCAUUCUGCUGCUUCCUGAUUGUAUUGCGAGCUUUCAUAAAAUUGUUCAUUAUGCCUUUUCAUCUCUCAUUUUAAUGUUUUAUUGGUUCCAAAGACGUUGAAGGUAAUCCCUAAAUUAUUUAUUUGGUUUCAUUGCUCUCGUUUUGAUCUUUCUACAAUUGCGAAAAGUGGUGUUGUUUAAUAGGCCAAGGGAACCCAGAGCAAAAUGUGACUUGUAUGUAGAAUCUGCGCGAUCUGGGUCAUGUAUGCAGGGUCAUUGUUUUGGUUUGAUGUUUGUUUUUGAAUUGGGCUCGGACUCAAAAAGUCUCAUAAAAAAUUGUCAGAAAUGUUUUAAACAUUAGAUGUUGUUGAUGAAGUGUACUCAUCUUAUCUCAUGCGUACAGACUAUACAUUUGCUCCUUUAACUUAAUCUUUCAGUGGUUCUUAUUCACUAUUUAGAAGCAUUUUGCAACUACAUACAGAUGUUGAGGCCCCUCG